GCACGACCCAAACAAAUCAACACGUCGAGGUAUUUGAGAACAAAAUGAUUUGAACAGACUAAUGAAUAAUAAUAAACAGUGAAUAGUUCCAAAUUAUCAAUUACGGGUCAUCGUUGGGUUUGAAGUAUGAGUUAUACGUUAAUUUAUGAGCCCAAUGCGGCUGCUAAAACCUCUGUUAGUGAAUUCAAGACUUUAUUAGAAAAAAGUAAAGAUGAUGUCAAAAUCGAUACUAUGAAAAAAAUCUUGAUCACUAUCAUCAAUGGAGAUCCAUUGCCAGAUUUAUUGAUGCAUAUCAUUAGAUUUGUUAUGCCAUCCAAGAAUAAGGAAUUGAAGAAGUUGUUGUACUUUUACUGGGAAGUUUGUCCAAAGCUUGAUGAAAGUGGUAAAAUGAGACAUGAAAUGAUUUUAGUAUGUAAUGCUAUUCAACGUGAUCUUCAACAUCCUAAUGAAUAUAUUAGAGGUAGUACCUUACGUUACUUAACCAAAUUGAAGGAACCUGAUUUAUUAGAAACUCUUGUUCCAAAUGUUCGUCAAUGUCUUGAACAUCGUCAUGCUUAUGUCAGAAAGAACGCUGUUUUAGCACUUUAUUCUAUUCACAAAGUCUCCGAUCACUUAGUUCCAGAUGCUGAUGAAUUGAUUUACAGAUACUUAUAUGAUGAAAAUGAUUCGGUUUGUAAAAGAAAUGCUUUUGUUUGUUUAGGUGAUUUAAAUAGAGAUGCAGCUUUACAAUAUGUUCAAGAUAACAUCUCAAUUAUAGAAACUUUAGAUCCUUUAUUACAAUUGGCUUUUAUUGAAUUCGUCAGAAAAGAUUCAGCUUCUAAUCCAUCAAUGAAAUCACAAUACGCACAAUUGAUUACCGAAAUCAUUGAAAGUCCUUCAAAUGUUGUUGUUUAUGAAGCUGCCAACACCUUGACAGUUUUAACUUCAAACCCUCAAUCCAUUCUUUUAGCUGCAAGCAAAUUCGUUGAUUUAGCUACUAAAGAAGCAGACAAUAAUGUCAAGAUUAUCACUUUACAAAUGAUCAGUAACUUAAAUAAGGCUCAUCCAGGUGUCUUACAAGAAUUAUCUUUAGAAAUCUUGAGAAUUUUAUCCUCGCAAGAUUUAGAUGUCCGUAAGAAGGCUAUCGAAGUCACCUUAAAAUUUGUUACUACAAGAAAUGUGGAAGAUGUUGUCAAGUUAUUAAAGAAAGAAUUAGAAAAAACCAUGUCUUCAAAUGAAGAUAAAACCUCAGAAUACAGACAAUUGUUGAUUAAUGCUAUCCAUCAAUUAGCUAUCCAAUUUGUUGAGGUCGCAGCAAAUGUUAUUGACUUAUUAUUAGAUUCAAUCAGUGAUUUAAAUAAUACCGCAGCAUAUGAUGUUAUAACUUUUGUAAAAGAAGUUGUUGAAAAAUUCCCAGACUUAAGACAGUCCAUAAUAUCAAGAUUGGUUUCCGCUUUACCAGCAGUUAAAAGUGGUAAAGUAUUCAGAGGUGCAUUGUGGAUUAUUGGUGAAUAUUCUUUGGAAGAUUCUUCAGUUCAAGAAGCAUGGAAAUAUAUAAGAUCCAGUAUCGGUGAAGUUCCAAUUAUUGCAAGUGAAAGAAGAGCAUUGGAAGGUGGAAAUGCCAGCGAAGAAUAUACAAAUGGAUCUUCUGAGAAAGCAUCCAAGAAGGGACCUGUUGUUCUUCCAGAUGGAACUUAUGCUACUGAAAAUGCAUUAACUGUGGAGGCAGAUUCACAUGAAGAUUCUAAACCACCUCUUCGUAAACACAUUUUAGGAGGUGAUUUUUAUCUUGCUGCUGUUUUAUCUUCUACAUUGGUUAAAUUGAUUUUAAGACUUCAACGUCUUCAAACUAAUGAAAAGAUUUUGAAUGCUUUAAAAGCUGAAGCUUUGUUAAUUAUGGUUUCUAUUUUAAGAGUUGGUGAAUCAUCAUAUGUCGCUAAAAAGAUUGAUGAAGAUUCUGCUGACAGAAUCCUUUCAUAUAUCAAAUUCCUUAAUGAAGAAGAUGAUUCUGCUGUUAUUGAAUCAAGCUUCUUAGAUGAUACUAAAGAAGCAUUCAAGGCUCAAAUAGAACUGGCCGAAGCCAAAAAGGCUGAAUUGGAAGCCAAAACUUUACAUCAAAAUGCUGAGCAAAUUGAUGAUGCUGUUUCAUUUAGACAAUUUGAUAAAGACGGUGGCUCUAAGUCUACCGCUGUAGAUGAUAUUGCCUUAGACUCGGAUAGUGGUGUUAAGAAAGAAGAUUUAUCUUCAAGAUUGAAUAAGAUCCUUCAAUUAACUGGUUUCUCUGAUCCUAUUUAUGCUGAAGCAUUUGUUAAAGUACAUCAAUAUGACGUCGUCUUGGAUGUAUUAUUAGUCAAUCAAACCACCAAUACUUUACGUAACUUAUCAGUUGAAUUUGCUACUCUUGGUGAUUUAAAGGUAGUUGACAAACCAGCUACUGCAAAUGUUGGACCUCACGGUUUCUACAAAAUUCAAACUACAAUCAAAGUUACUUCAGCUGAUACUGGUGUUAUUUUUGGUAACUUGGUAUAUGAUGGUCAACAUUCUGACGACUCUACUAUUGUUAUCUUGAAUGAUGUUCAUGUUGAUAUCAUGGAUUACAUUAAACCAGCCACCUGUUCUGAAAGUCAAUUCCGUAAAAUGUGGAAUGAAUUUGAAUGGGAAAAUAAGAUUACUAUUAAAUCUCCAAUUGAUUCUUUAAAACAAUACUUGGAUGAAUUAAUGAAGGGAACAAAUAUGAAUUGUUUAACUCCGGGUGCUGUUAUUGGUGAAGAAUGUCAAUUCUUGUCUGCUAAUCUUUACUCGAGAUCGACAUUUGGUGAAGAUGCUUUAGCAAAUUUAUGUAUAGAAAAGCAAACAAAUGGUCCUAUUAUUGGACAUGUAAGGAUCAGAUCAAAGGGUCAAGGUUUGGCUUUAUCAUUGGGAGACAGAGUUGCAAAUAUAUCUAGAAAAGCUAAGUCCCACAGUGUUUCUGUGAUCUAGUUUAUCUUACAUCUUAGAUCAUUUUUUUAACAACAAU